GCCUAUAUGUGUUGACCCAUUUUAUCCACCAGGACGGAUCCUCCCACAUGAAGCUUGGCCAGGAAAUUGUGGUUGCCUAGCAAGUUUCACUUCCACGGUGCAAAGUUUGAAGACGUGUAGCUCGGCUGCUUUCUGGAUCCUGUAAAGUACAAACUCACAGAAAAUAUUACUUCCCCGGCUAGGUCCAGGUGACAACACUGACGGUGCAAGAUGUCCGUCGCGGGAUUUAAGAAGCAAUUUUACAAAGCGAGCCAGCUGGUGAGUGAGAAGGUUGGAGGUGCAGAGGGAACCAAACUGGAUGAAGACUUCAGGGACCUCGAGAGGAAAUCCGAUGUUACCAGCAAAGCUGUGAUUGAAGUCAUCAAUAAAACAACAGAGUACCUCCAGCCCAACCCCGCAACAAGAGCUAAGCUUACCAUGCUCAACACGGUGUCCAAAAUGCGCGGGCAGGUCAAGAGUCCAGGAUACCCCCAGCCUGAGGGCCUCCUGGGGGAGUGCAUGACUAAGUAUGGACGGGACAUGGGCGAAGACACCAACUUUGGUGGAGCUCUAGUAGACAUUGGGGAGUCAAUGAAGAGGAUGGCCGAGGUCAAAGACUCUCUGGAUAUUGAUGUGAAACAGAACUUCCUUGACCCGCUACAGGCAGUCGCUGAGAAGGAUAUCAAAGACAUUCAGCACCACCUGAAGAAGCUCGAGGGCCGCCGUCUCGACUAUGAUUAUAAAAAGAAACGUCAAGGUAGAAUCCCAGAUGAAGAGCUCAGGGUGGCUCUGGAGAAGUUCCACGAGUCCAAAGAGAUGGCAGAAGGCUCCAUGCACAACCUGCUGGAAACAGAUGUGGAGCAGGUGAGUCAGCUGUCUUCUUUUGUGGAGUCUCUGCUGCAGUACCACAAACAGGCGGCGCAGGUCCUCGAGGAGCUUUCUGACAAGCUGAGAGAAAGGGUGACUGACGCUCAGGCUCGACCAAGGCGCGAAUACGCACCCAAACCCAGACCAGUGUAUGACUAUGGAGAGGUGGAGAACUCUAACGGAGCAUACACACCAGCUGCAUCAACCCCUCCAGCCUACUCUCCAGCCCCAGCACAAUAUCCAGGUCCAGCCUUCCAAAGAACCUCCGUCAAGAGCAGAGCGCCUGAGCCUUGUUGUAAAGCCCUGUAUGACUUUGAGCCAGAGAACGAAGGCGAGCUGGGCUUCCGCGAGGGCGACAUCAUCACCUUGGUCAGUCAAAUCGAUGAGAACUGGUUCGAGGGAGCCAUUCGCGGCAAAUCUGGAUUCUUCCCCAACAACUACGUGGAAGUGGUGGUGCCUCUGCCACACUGAAAACAGCCAGGCAAGAUGAGAACUACAGAACGGAGAGGGUGAAUAGUGGCAGAGGUAGUGAUUUCAAACUCACAAAAAAACAAAAGAUAUUUUCUCUUUAUUGUAGUAAUCGCAUAACCAUCUCAAGAUAAAGACCUUAUAUGUACCUAGGAGUUAUUGAGUAUAGAGCUUUUUUUGUAUUCUGUCAGAUUAUGUCAACAUUUAGUUGUAAUGGUAAGGAAAGAGGGAUUUUUAGUGACAGCUUAACUAUUGGGUGACUGCCUUUACAAUAUCUUAAGUAUUUACAUUCACUCUCAAUGCACCUGUGCACUUUGUACACUACACCUCCAUUACCGGGACUGAUGAAGAAAGAUCGAGACAAGAAAGACAUCUGUAAUGACGUGCAGCCGUUUCAAACACUAAGACGUGCAACUUUAUUCUUUCAUUCUUAACCUACUUUAUAUUUACAAGACUACAUUUCUUGUUUUAUGUACUGUUUAUACUGACAUGUAUACGCAUGCAUUCUUCCAAACACUAUUAGCUACACUCCCAGUUCUCACUGUGCCUUCAGGCUUAAGUUUUGUAAGUAAGGAGCACUGCUUGCCUUCUGUUGCUGUGUAUGACUAUCCUUUACUGCCAUCUAGUGGACCGAGAGAUCAUUCUUAGCUACUGGCGCUGUCACACAACCGCUAUUAUCUUUUGCCAGAUACAAAACAAACCAAAACAAUAUUUGACCAGAUCCUUUUUUUAGGGGGCAUGUCUGUAUGAGGUCGAAAACGUUUCUUGAAAACAUAUAUAAAACUUGAAAAAUAGCUGAUAUCAGUCAGCCGGUAACAUUGACUGACUGCUGUAUAGCACAUGUUUUCAGAGAAACUGAUCAGAGAAACUGACAUUUUUACAAACGCAUAUAUAUUCAAGACCAAAAUAAGUGGUUAUGUAGUCGAUUGUAAAGAGCUGGAGGGCGACCAUAAAUAUGCCUAGUUUUAUAACACCAACUGUUGCCACGUUGUUAUUGAUUUAAUUUAUCCAGAGUUCCUCACUGCACUCCACUGUCUCUUACAGCUGAUGUUGGGUGAGACUGCUGUUUGACAUGCAAAUAAAAUUGAAACAACCUCAUG